CAAAUGCUUUCACAAAAUGUAAACAUUCCAUACAAAGAAAAGAAGCCGUGAGUCAUCACUCCGUGUGUGUGUAUAUCGUCGUGAAGUGAAUUUCCUAAAGCAUCACAGUCUAUUAAACGCAAAUAGGCCAAUAAAAAACAGUGAGCAUGUCCUCCCGCAAGACAGCCGGACGUCGCGGUACGACGAAGAAGCGGGCCCAGCGCGCCACUUCGAACGUGUUCGCAAUGUUCGAUCAGGCCCAGAUUGCCGAGUUCAAGGAGGCGUUCAACAUGAUCGACCAAAACCGGGAUGGAUUCAUCGAGAAGGAUGACCUGCACGAUAUGCUUGCCUCGCUGGGUAAAAAUCCCACGGAAGAUUACCUGGAGGGCAUGAUGAACGAAGCGCCUGGACCGAUAAACUUCACCAUGUUUUUGACCCUGUUCGGGGAACGGCUGCAGGGCACGGAUCCGGAGGAGGUGAUCAAGAACGCGUUCGGUUGCUUCGAUGAGGAGAACACCGGCGUCAUCAACGAGGAUCAGCUGCGCGAGCUGCUGACGUCGAUGGGCGACCGGUUCACCGAUGAGGAUGUGGACGAAAUGUUCCGCGAAGCGCCGAUCAAGAGCGGACUGUUCGAUUACAUCGAGUUCACGCGCAUCCUGAAGCACGGCGCCAAGGACAAGGAUGAGCAGUGAGGGAGUGAUUGUAUUCGCCAAAUGCAUUUACACCGAGACGAUCGGCCAAGCACGUUGCAGUAUCAUUUAUGUGCACUUCAGUAUUUCUCUACUAAAUUUGACGUUUUCCCCAUUUUAAUUCAAUAUGUGGAGUUAUUUAACAUACUUGCUAUGUACAAAAAUUUCGAAUCGAAAUCGGCAUCGCUUGUCAAUUGACAAGAGACGGCGCGAAAUCAAGAUCGAGCUGAUCCUUGCGUAGGAGAUUGAUUGCAUCCUUGACGCUGAAGAGCUUCGAGAACGGGCGCCUCCAUCGAUCAGUAUCUCCCGCAUCAGCAUCGGCAGCUACCGAAAUUAAACGUCCUAUUGUAUUACAUACGGGCUCUCCUUAUUUUCUGUUACAUUGCCAAAUUUUAAUAAAUUUGAGAUUAGAUAAUUUACACAAACAGGUA